UCACUCUCUGCCACAGUUAGUUUUCAGUUCUUGUUGGAACAGUUUGGGCGUGUGGACAGUUAUAAAAGAAAAGCGGAUCGGUUUUGUGGAAGGUCAACAGGUAACGUUGCUACGUUUGCCAUCAUGGAUGUUUCUCACACGAUGGAGACCGAGGAGGAUCUGCUCACUUGUCUGAGCAUCAAGUUCUAUCAUCCCCAGCAGAGUCUUCGAGGCCUUUACAGCCUGCUUCCCACUGGGAUCAGGAUCCGACGUUCGGCCGACGAUCCCCUCAGGUUGGGCCGUGACCCUCAGUCCUGCUGCUUCGCCCUGGUCGACCCAAGGGUUUCACGAAAACAGCUCGGCCUCUAUGCCUACCGUACAGCUCAGAGCCCCAACAUGCUGUUCACCAUCCAGAACCUGAGCCAGAGAGGAUGCAUGUCAGUGAAUGGCUCAGCCCUCGGGUACCUAGAGAGGACGGAUCUACCGGAGAAGGCCCUAGUCCGCUUUGGAGAGUACGAGAUGCUGAUCAUCCAGGAGCCAGGUGAGGCCAAAGGCAGCUACGAGGUGGAGUUUGAGGUUCUCCCAGUGCCUCCGUCCAGAGAGACUGGCACAUACCCACCCACUGUGACACCCGUUAUGGACACUGCAGGCUCCUGUGUGAGGAACGGUUUCUCCAGACUUGGAUCUCGCGAGCCCUCGGAGACAGACGAGACUCUCCCAUACGACUCAUGAUGAACGUAUUGAAGGGAGAGACAUUUUACCGUUUUUUAAAAUGUAAACUUAACCUGUUGAUCAAACAGGAGUGAUUUUAUUUCACAUCCCAUUUGUGGUCUGCGGUGAAACUCGUCACAGGCUGGUUCAUGCGUCCACCUCAUUACAAACAGGCUUUUCUUGUCUUAAUAGUAGUUCUCAAGUUUCUGAGAUCGGGUGACAGUAUUAACAAAAGGGGAGGCUAAAAGCAAACGCAAAGAGGAAUGCCUCAGAGGGCACAAAGAUUCCGGAAAUUAUGGAACUAUGAACGAAAGACUGAAAUACCAAAAGGAACAAUUUGGGAACCUUUGGUUGUAUCUAAGGUGUAGAAACAGUAUAUUCUUGCAUUUAAGCCAAGGCUAGUAGGUCACAAUUUUUUCCAUCUUCUCCUCAGGUUCUUCUUCCUGAGGAGCAGUUUUAUGUGCCCAUUAAUCAUUGCAAUUGUUACUUCAUCUGUGUCUGUAUGACAUCAUAGAAUAAAAGCAUUUUGAAGAUACUCCAGAA